GGGAGGCUGAUGUUUAGGUCUUUGUCGCAUGCGAAAGCGGUGGGCGCUGUUGUUCGAGUAUUUUUAUAUUUCCAUCCUCUACUCCUCCCACCAAACGCCGAGCAAAUAAUUGCAAGAGGAAGUCCAACAGAAACAGGGGAAACGGCCGUGGAAACAGUUGAAAUGUUCAAGACUUCAAUGCGAAAUUAUUCAUAACCGUAAGGUCCUAGACACUGCGCUGUUAAAGUAUGGAACGCGACAAAGCAGACUGCUUUUUCUCAACCACAGCUCGCUGUGUGUCGAUGUAAGGGUUUGGAUAUCACUGAAAGAAGAACAUAAUACAAAAAAAUACGCGGUGUGCGCAUACCCAGGACCAGGCUGGCAGGGCAGGCGGACUUAAGAGAUGUAAUACAACCGGGCAGAGGCGGGAAGAUGCCAGCCCCGCGCACCGUGGCGGUGACGGUGGGUACAGCGGGCAUAGCCAUCGGUCUGCUUCUCUUCCUGACCAUGUUGUGGCCCCUGCAGCUGGCCGGAUUCUUCCUGUGUGUUUUCGGAGCCGUUAUCCUCGUCUAUCUCUUCUGCCAAGUCAUGAAGUCCGACCAGCUGACGGUGCCCGGCCACUUCUUGCUCCAUCCCCGCACCGGGACGCGCUACACCCCCCAUCAGGCCAUGGCGAUCCAGAGGAGGCUGGACCGGAUCCGUAGGGCAGCUGAGGAGGAGGAGGAGCCCAGAGUCAGCACAGUCAGUGCCCCCCCGUCCCCGUCCCCUGGUCUGCCACUGCCGUUACACCUGCCCCUGCCACCGCAGCACCCCGGUCAUCAGAGCCUCCCCCACACCCCCCACACCCCCCCGCCCUGGGACAUGGAGCCCCCGCCGCCAUAUGAAGCGGUCGUCAAGGACAGCCAGAUCGUCCCUGCCACACAGGGCUUGUGAGACAAGGCUCCGAUGACUCAGGUGCCUCCUGACUGUCUCCUAUCAGCGCUGGACUGGGGCCAAACAGAAGGCCUGGGCUUUUUUUAACACGGCCCCUUCUACGCUCUGUGCGGGUCUCUAAGAAAAUACUAAAAAAGGAACAGCAUUGGCACCAGUCUAGGACCGCCGGCCCACGGGGAAAUGCCCUGUAUGCUUUAUUACCAGUCCAGCCUUGUCUCCUGUGGGUGGUGGGGGCUAGGGGGAAG